AUGGAUGAGGAUGAGAAGAUAGGUGGGAUACCAGUCUAUCCACCUGAAUAUGAAGACUUUGCUUGUUAUGCCAAUUCUUGUGCUCUGUUUGAUGUUGGCUACAAAGGCAGUCCCUUCACCUGGUGGAAUGGUCGACCAAACUCAGAAUGCAUCUUCAAAAGACCAGAUAGAAUAUUUGCCAACCAACAUUUUCAACAACUAUACCCCAGAAUUGAAGUUGAGCAUCUUAUCAGAACAAUAAAGCAUGACACAUUUCUGGAUGUGGUAAGGCAGAACUGGCUUGCAGAUUUCAUGGGUGAUCAUUUCUUGAUAUUCAAGCUAAAGUUAAAAAGAGUUAAAACUGCCCUGUCUCACUGGUGUAUGCUAACAUAUGGUGACAUAUUCAAGCAGCUUGCAAUUAGAGAGGAUAUUGUUAGAGUGAAGGAGAUUUUAUUUGAAGAAGAUCCAACAAUUGAGAAUAGGAUAGUUCUCCAAAAAGCUCAAGCUGAGCUAAAGAAAUAUCUUAGCUUUGAGGAGCAGUUUUGGAAGCAAAAGGAAGGUAUGACUUGGUUUGAUGAAGAUGAUAGGAACACAAGAUUUUUUCAUAAUUAUAUCAACGGCAAGAGGCAGAAGCUUCAGCUCAAAAGAAUUCAAAAUUUAGAUGGUGCUUGGCUAGAAUCUCAAGAGCUUAUGUCUUUAGCUGCAGUAGAAUUUUUUAGAAGACAGUUCACACAGGAAAGUAAUCCUACAAACUUUGACAUUCUUAACAAUAUACCUGCUAUGGUGACUAUGGAACGAAACNCAAUGACCUUGUUUAGAAAAUGA